AUUCGUGUAUGUGUUUUUGAUGCUCCUUUGCCUAAAGGGGCGCAGAGACGCGCUUGAGUCGAUGCUGCACCAUGAGGCUUGGGACAACAUUCCCUGGGAGUCUCGGUUGGUUGACCAGGCGGUGUGGGUGCGCCAGACUAUCCACGACGGAUUGUUUUGGCGGGACGUGGUGAUGACUCCGAUCCACCAGUUGCUCAGGAGGCUGGAUAGGGGCGGGAUGGUUAUGUCCCUGGUUUAUUCUUGGAGUCGCCGUGUGGUAGAUGAGUUGCGACUCUUGCAGGACGGAAAGAGGAUCCCCUCCGAGAUAGUCGAUGAUUGCAUCGAUCAGGUCCUCACCCGUCGCCAGCAUAUGCUGGAGCAGGCGCACGCCGCGGCACAUCUCCUCAACCCUCGUAGGCGUUAUCUUCGGUGCUACGAUGCGAGGGUGAGGACAGCAGAGGAUUUGGAGGUUGUGCAGGAGUGCGACAACUUAUUUCUUGCCCAGACGGGGGGAGAUCGGGCAGGCGCUCGAUACCUCCGAGUGUAUGAGCAGAUGAGACUGUUUCACGCACGUAUGGGUCCUCUUUUGACCGACCCUGCCACGAGGGACGCGGAGGCGCAGGCAUGCAGGGGGAACGACGAGAUGCUGCUUGGUGGCAGGAGCACAGAGGCGCAUACCUCGAUCUUCAGGAGAUUGAAGUCGCACGAUGACCCUCCACGAGGUACAUUUGACACACGUCAUGGCACCGGACGUGGCGCGGGGACGAAAGGCACUAGAGGUGCCACACAAUCGAGGAGGGUGUUCGAUGUUGACACCACCGACGAUGAGAAGGCAGUGGAGGAUGACGAGGCUUUGUUGCGUCCAUGUCAUUCGUCGGCGCCUGAGGUGGGGAGAGACGCUCAGCCUCAUAGACGGUCGGAGAGGCUGGUUGGCCGGGACAGCAAAGCCACGCAGAUAGAGACCAGUUGUUCGCAGCACCUAGAGGAGAUACAGUGUGAUACGGUGGAGCGUGAGCGGUUUGACCAACACACUCCUAUUCACACACACACAUCACAGGACAUGCCUUCGGACUUGCGGACAAGGAACUUCAUGGUGGGUGGGGAGGGCACGUCUGGUGACGGCAUUGGCAGAGGUCAGCACGUUCGAGUGAGAGAUAUGGCGGACUACUGUCCCCGUGACACGCAGAAGAAGGAGACCGAGGCAGAGCGUGAUGCGCGCAUUGACGCCGAGGACGAGAGGCGUUUGUCUCGGAUGCAGUGGGCAGGGAGGGCGUUUUUUUUGGUGGAGGCGGAGCGCAUGAGAUGGUUGGAGACCAUUGGUGCAGGUGACGAUGAUGACAGCGUGGAGGGUUUGAUUGGACCGGAUGCUGCCGUGCAGCCUUCGGGUGGGGGUUGUGCUGAUGAUCCACUUGUGUCUGCAUCGCCUACUGCUACGACACACCAUGCCACUCUCUCGCCAUCCCCGACCGUUACUGGACAUGUUGAUGUUCCAUGUGUGUCAGCAGCGCCUCCUGUACCAUGGGGGUUGCCUCCCUCCGAGGCUCGUCUUACCUCAGAGGCAGGAGGUUUAGGCGCGAUGGACUCGGAGUCGGAUGUUGUGCGUGACGUUGUACUGGGACUUAUGGCACCUGCAGGUGCGGAGGUAGAGCUGGUGUUAGCUGGAUACGAGGAGGAGAGGGCGGGACGUUCAAUCUCGGACACGCAGGUGGUAGCUAGACACGAGGAGGAGACGGCGGGACACGAGGAUCCGCUGCAAGGGACCCCUAUAGGCCGUGACGGAUGUACUGGUAUCCGUGACGCAUCGAUGCCAUCUUAUACCCCUGUCAGCCCUUUAUAUUCAGGAUCCCCCGUGAGUUUGGAGCGUGAGGAGGCGGAGUCGGCGAGGAUUAGAGAGGAGCGAUGAGCUGCUCACAGUCAUAUGCGUCCACCGGCACUCGCCACGCCCAGUGCACAGACAGUUGCCCGGCAUCU